AUGGCGUCUAUCGUCGAAAAGCAGCUGCAGAGCUUGCUGGACGGCUUCGACGCCUUGCGACUGGAGUAUCAGCGUGUCUACUCGCGAUGUGCCGUUCUCGAGGCUCAGCUGGUCACGGCAAAGUCACAGUAUUCGCGCCUUGCCGCCCUCAGUCCUGAAAAGGCUAAGCCCCUCGAUCUCUCAGCUUCUGCGGCAUUCCCUUUAGCCGUUGAUUUCGAGAGCUUGAUAAAUAGUUCUAAGAUAGUUGACGCCAGCCGUCGAGACAAAAUCACUGCCGCUUCUCGUACCUCAAAUUCGCUGCGUUCGACCGGCGUAGUCAUCCAUUCUGGGCCUUCGGCCGACAAAUCCUCCGCUCCCACCUCAUCUGCUGCCAUGCCCUCCAUAUCAGAGUCUCCACUCGAACAAGACUUUACUGUCCCGGGCACCCCGAGCAGACUUGAUUGCCCUUUUGCUUCCAUGGAAAGGCGCAAAUUGAGUUCGCACGCCGCUUCGGUUGUAUCUCGUUAUAAGCCCGAAUCUGUUCGACAGCCACGCACCUCGGGCUCGCGUAUCAACGGACGACGCAACUCUUCUAGCGCGCGGAAUUCAGUCGUUGAUCCCAUCAAAGAGGUUUGUGCCAUGGAAUCACACAAGAAGAACCCAGACACCGCACCAUCGGUCCAAGGUUCGUCUACCGACAAAGUCUGCCCGAUUCGCUUCCUCGAUCAACACAGUCCAGAGGAAGUCGCUGCCUACUUUGAACUGCACAAACACGAACUUCCAAGGAGCCACGAAAUAUGUGUAAAGAGAUAUCAAAGCAAUGAGGAACAGAUCCGACAGCUCGAUGCAAAAUACGGUAACAUCGUCAGUAUGAUUCAAGGGCUCGGUCAAAAGCACGUGUCNCUCUUGCCCGAGAAUUUGGGUGAUGAACACCAGGAUGCGGAACAAGAUUUUGAUCAGGAUGAGCGUGCCAGCCAUGAAAAGAUCCGCAAGUGGGCCAGCACCGUAUACACAGGUCCAGAUGCUCCGGCUGAGGAGAANAAAGACGAGGAAGGAACUGAGGAUGAGCGGUUGCCUCGUUUCGAUCGACCACUGAGGGAUGUCCGUCUAGGUGAAAGCCCGAGCCGACCUUGGGGCAUUCAAGUACCGAUCGAUGCACAAGACCGUCACAAUAGCGUGUCAUCAAGCGUAGCUGCUGCUGCAGAGGUUCAAGCCCCUCAGCCACCACUUGAAGCACAACCAGAAAGACCUAAGGGAAAGUGCCCAUUCGGAUUUGAUCAACAGAAGUCACCGGGACAAGACCAGGAGGAUGGAAUCGUCAACGAACCGGCCAUCAAACCAGUCCAGGAGAAACCAGCUGCAGACAACGUAGAGCAUGUCGACACCAAACCUACAUUCAUCCGCCAAGGCCAAUUCGAAGCAUCCACAGAGAAGAAAGUCGGAGAGCAGCCAGUUUUCAUCAAAGCAAAGCCUGGCGAACAGAAGAAUGAGACUGCACAGAUGGUGUUUACAGGACCAGUCUUCAUCGGCUACUCGGUGCAAGAGGCUAUGACUGUGCUGCAGUCGAUGCAACGCGAUUAG